AUGUGUGAAAACAAUGUAUGGCAAGCUCCGCAAUGGCUAAGCAGGGAAUAUUUACAAGAAAUCAUUAAGGAUUAUCUCAAGGAUAACACCGUGCUUAUUACGAAUGUGGAUAUCCGACCGGCUACGGCAAAUGGUGAAAAUUAUGCCAGUGUUAUGAGUCGCAUAAAAAUAUCAUUCACAAGGAAACGAAGUGCGAAACCCGAAACCUUAUCCUUUAUCAUGAAAUAUUCCUAUGAAAAUGAUCCGGUGGUAUCGAAAAUAAUGUCCGGUUAUGACAUUUACAAUACGGAAAUGAAAAUGUAUGAACAAAUCCUACCAAAAUUAGCCGAAAUCCUCAAGGAAUCUGGUGAUACGGAAAAGUUAUUUGCCCAAACCCUUAAAGUUGAUUAUGAACGUUCCACCAUUAUUUUUGAAGAUCUCACGGUGGAGGGUUAUGAAAUGGCUGAUCGCAAGCGAGGUUUAGAUUUUCCUCACAUCCAAAUAUGUCUGAAGAAGUUGGCGAAGUUCCAUGCGGCCGCUGCUGUUUUAAAUGAACGUCAAGGUGGAAUAUUGGAAAAAUUCGAUCAUGGCAUGUUUAAUCGCCAUACCAAAGGUUUUGGCUGUGUUUUCGAAUAUUUCACUAAGGAGGGGGCACACUUUGCCAAAAACUGCCCCGAAUUGGGUGAAUAUUAUUCGGAGAAGUUAUUGAAAUUAACACCCAGCAUUGUGGAUUAUUGCAUCAAGGCAUACGCACCAAGUCCAUGGAAUUUCUAUAGUCUAAAUCAUGGUGAUUUGUGGACCAACAACGUAAUGAUGUUAUAUGACAAGUCGAGAGGCGAUAAGGAGUUGUCCCUGAAGGAUAUAAUGUUUAUUGAUUUUCAAUUGUGUAAUUGGUCAUCGGUGGCAGUUGAUUUGCAUUAUCUCUUCAAUACUUCUUUGGAAUCCCAGUUAUUGAUGGAAAAUGAUACCGAGGAAAAGUUAAUUCAAUAUUAUCAUUCGGUUCUAAGUGAUACCCUUAAUAAAUUGAAUUAUCAGGGUCACAUACCCAGUCUACAUGAAAUAUCUGUGCAAUUGGAAGAAAGUCGUAUAUUAGCUUUAAUUGGUAUCUUGGCCCAUCGUUCCAUUAUGACAACCAGUAACAGUGAAGAUGCCGAUAUCCACAGCCUGCUGGAUGAUAAUGAAAGAGCCCGCAAAUUCCGCCGCACAUGUUUCACGGCCAAUAAAGAAUUCCAAAGUGUCCUGAAGAAAAUGUUACCAAUAUUUGAUCGCCGUGGAUUGCUUGAUUUACAGAAAUGA